AUGGCAAUGGUACAGUCUCUCAAUCAGAUGGAAGGCCCCAUUAAAUUUACGUCCAAUAUUAGCUCUACAGCAGUCCAAUUUUUGGAUUUAGAAAUAGCUAUUAAAGACCAGCGUCUGUCAUAUUGUCUGUACAAGAAACCCACAGAUAGGAAUACUAUUAUACAUAGUACCAGUGCACAACCUGAGGCAUUGAAAAGGUCUUUACCUAAAGCCCAAUUCCUUAGAGUGAUUCGUAAUAACUCGGAUAUGGAUGUAAUGGAGGAACAACUAGGAGGGAUGAUGGAGAGAUUCCUUGAAAGUGGCUAUCGACGGAGCGACCUAGUGAGAGCAUUGGAAGAGGCCAAGGCUGCCAGCUCUCCUAGAGUCAAGAAUAGAGCCCCAUUCUGUUAA